AUGAGUGGUAAAGCCCAGGAUCCCUCGACAGACCUGUUCAGAGUAAGGCUUGUGAUGCUCCUGCAUGUGAAAAUGUACAUAGGCAUUCUUCUGUAUUGCCUCUUGCUCACAGAGUCUCUUCGCGGCAUCGUCCUUCUUAUCCUCCUAGUUGUGGUCAACUCGCUGUCAUUUAUGAGGGCCUGCCUGACCGAUCCAGGAAGAGUCAAUAGAAAGGCCCACCAUAAAUAUCUGCCCGAUGUGGUCACGUUUGGAAGGGGCAUCUCAACGCAAAUAUGCACCAACAAAAGCGGAGACUGGAUAAGAGCAAUAAGAAUAGACGGCACCGAGUACGAGGAGAAGUACUGCUUAGAAUGUAAUUUAUUUCGUAUUGCCGGAAUGUCACACUGCAGAGAGUGUGACAGAUGUGUUCUGGACAUGGAUCAUCACUGUGUCUGGUUUGGAAACUGCAUCGGCAGAAACAACAUAAGGCACUUCCACAUCUAUCUGUAUACCCUGGUCGCAGUCAUUUUGAUGAACGCAGCGCUGUUCUAUAGCCUGCUGGCCAUGUAUCCAGGUCAGGGCACAUUUCCAGCCCUGGCCCUCAGGAUUCUAGCAUUUGCUCUUGCAACUCUGUACACCGUAUUCUUCUCCAUCAUCUUUCUAUUUGCAAUGUUCAACAUAUAUGUGGCUCUGAACUCCUCAACAUCAAGAGAGUUUAUCAAGAACGGCACAGGAAGUAGGCAGCUGGACAUCAAGAAGGCCUGCAGAAAUCUUUCGAGGCUUAGGCCGGACAUAUCUUUUGACCAACCAUCUGUGUGA